AUGGCAGUCAUGCUGGCGGGAAUUCCUUGCGCAAAGCCUUGGGAUCUGCAGUUUGGCGAGCAGUUCGACGUCUUGAGUGAUGGCGGGCUGUUGCUAAAUAGUGCUAGGUCUGGAGAGAUUUGGCAUGGGCACUUCGGCACACCAUGUCAGUCCAUGACUUUCGCAAGAGACCCACAGCUGCGGAGUUCUGAGUGUCCUUGGGGCUUGGAGGAACUCUUGCCGCGCCAGCAAGACUUGGACGCUGAGGCGAUUGAUGCUUUCCGGGCCAGGGAGCUUCAGAGGGUCAUUCACUUGGCGCAAGCGCUGUGCGAGGUGAAGAAGGACCAUGCUAUAGGAGCCAUGACGCUACCAAGGCCGUUGCAAAUGGACGAUUUGGAAAGGGAUCGCGCGCAGCAUGAAACUCUUGAUGCUUUGGUGGAAGUAGUGCUCCAUUUCUUUGAUCACGCGUGUUAUGUCAGACGUUGGAAGCGUGACGUCUCGCAAGCAUUCAGACGAGUGCCUGUCGCCCCGGAACACUUGCAGUUCAUUUGGGGAGUGUGGGCUGAUCAAGGUACGCUGUGGGUGGCUCAGCACAAGGGGACCCCAUUCGGAACAAUUGCAGCUGUUUAUUCUUGGCAUCGCGUGGGCCAUUUGCUGAAACUCCUUGUGCUCAUGUUGUUUUUGGCCCCUGUUUGUAGGUAUGUGGAUGAUUUUUUUGGGGCAAGUAAAGUCGGGGUGAAACUGACAGGAGGCGUGAUCUUGUCAGUGCUCGCCUCUUUACUGGGGUACCCCUGUGCCAGGCCCUGUGAUGAGUCGAAAAGUGCCGAUUUAGCUGUGGCCAUGACGGUGCUAGGAUCCUUGUGCGCAGUCAGUUUUUCUGAGUGCGUCCUGUACACAAAAGUGGAUCCGGAGAAGGCCCAAAAGUACCGGGCGCAGCUGGCAUCCCUGCUAAGCAGCCAAACCCUGUCUGCAGGCGAAGCCUCGAAACUGGCAGGGCGUCUUUCCUUUGCAGUCACUGUGUCAGGGAAUCACGUGGGGAGGGCCUUCAUCAAGCCUUGUUAUGCACAGGCAAGGUCACCCUUGCCCCAUGAUAUGGUGUCUCCCAGACUCCAUCAGGCCGCUGAGUGGUUUGAUGCAUAUCUUCAGGUCUGCCCGGCCGCUGCACGCAGAUGUAAAGCCACUGAACGGACACAGUGUGUCACUUGGUCUGACGCUGCCGGUGCCACCAGAUGGGUGGCGGCAGUGUUGGAGGCAGGUGGCCAAUACUUUUGGACCCGUAUGCAAACGCCCGAUUUUGUGUGGGGCCAGCUUUUGGACAGAGGGGAUUCCCAAAUCGGGUUUCAGGAGAUGCUGGGCCUGUUAUUAGUCUGGGAGACCUUUCAGUCCUGGCUGGCCGGGGCUUUGUGGGUAUCUUUUGUUGACAAUGACGGAGUACUGCACGCUGUCAUGAAAGGAGGCGGGGGCGGACCAGAACGCAACAAUGUAGUCGGUCGCCUUUGGCUUAAGUUGGCAGCAGCGUCUGUAGAUUUACAUGUCGCCAGGGUCGAAUCUGGAGCAAAUCCAGCUGAUGGCCCCACACGUGAUUUCUUUGAGGUGCUGCAGCGAGUGAAGGCCAAAUGGGUGGAACCCCAACUCCCCUCGUGGCUGCAGCAUCUUUGGUGCGUUCCAGAGGUCUGA